CGAGCCCCGGCUCAGCACCUCGGAGAGCUCCCUCCCUGGCCUUGUUUUGCUUCGGAAUCGCUGCCGGGGGAGGGAGCGAAGGGGCCGGGCACUAGGAGUCGAGGCCGAGGGAUGGCAGUGAAGAGGCCGAAGGGCCCCGGGGGGCAGAGGGCCCAGCCGUGAUCCUGCGAGGGGGCCGGGGCUCCGGGUGGGGUGGGGGGCAGCGGGUGGCGGCAGCAGUGGCCUCACAUCUGAAUGGAAGCGAGCUUUGUCCAGACCACCAUGGCUCUGGGGCUGCCCUCCAAGAAAGCAUCUUCCCGCAACGUGAUCGUGGAGCGCAGGAACCUGAUCACCGUGUGCAGGUUCUCUGUGAAAACCUUGCUGGAGAAAUACACAGCAGAACCCAUUGAUGAUUCAUCUGAGGAGUUUGUUAACUUUGCAGCCAUUUUGGAGCAGAUCCUCAGUCACCGGUUUAAAGCUUGUGCCCCAGCAGGUCCAGUGAGCUGGUUCAGCUCAGAUGGGCAACGGGGCUUCUGGGACUACAUCCGACUGGCCUGCAGCAAGGUGCCCAACAACUGUGUGAGCAGUAUCGAGAACAUGGAGAACAUCAGCACAGCUCGAGCCAAGGGCCGGGCAUGGAUCCGGGUGGCUCUGAUGGAGAAGCGUAUGUCAGAAUACAUCACCACAGCUCUUCGGGACAACCGAACCACCAGACGGUUCUAUGACUCCGGAGCCAUCAUGCUGCGGGAAGAAGCCACUGUCCUUACGGGGAUGCUGAUUGGGCUCAGCGCCAUCGACUUCAGCUUCUGUCUAAAGGGCGAAGUUCUGGACGGGAAGACACCGGUGGUCAUCGAUUACACGCCCUACUUAAAGUUCACCCAGAGCUACGACUACCUGACGGAUGAGGAGGAGCGGCACAGCGCGGAGAGCAGCACCAGUGAGGACAACUCUCCUGAGCACCCCUACCUGCCUCUGGUCACCGACGAGGACAGUUGGUACAGCAAGUGGCACAAGAUGGAACAGAAGUUUCGAAUUGUCUAUGCACAGAAGGGAUACCUGGAGGAGCUGGUGCGUCUGCGGGAGUCGCAGCUGAAGGACCUGGAGGCGGAGAACCGGCGGCUGCAGCUGCAGCUGGAGGAAGCCGCAGCUCAGAAUCAGCGUGAGAAGCGGGAACUGGAAGGCGUGAUCCUGGAGCUGCAGGAGCAGCUGACAGGUCUGAUCCCCGGUGACCAUGCCCCCCUGGCCCAGGGUUCCAAGGAGUUCACUACACCUCUGGUCAACCAGUGGCCCUCCCUGAGCACACUCAAUAGGCCUGAGGGUGCCAGCAACUCAAAGCUCUAUCGGAGACACAGCUUCAUGAGCACCGAGCCGCUGUCUGCAGAGGCCAGCCUGAGCUCAGACUCCCAGCGCAUGGGAGAGGGCAAGCGGGAUGAGGAACCCUGGGGCCCCAUCGGGAAGGACCCCACGCCCUCCAUGCUGGGCCUCUGCGGCUCCCUGGCCUCCAUUCCCAGCUGCAAGUCUCUGGCGAGCUUCAAAUCCAACGAAUGUCUGGUGAGCGACAGCCCAGAGGGCAGCCCGGCACUCAGCCCGAGCUGAGGAGCAGCACGGGCAAUGCCAGCCCCACCUGACAGCCCCGAGGGCAGCCUGGCACUCAGCCUGAGCUGAGAAGCAGCAUGGGCAAUGCCAGCCCCACCUGCCAGGGACCACAGACAACUGCCACCAUGACCCCAACCCAGGCAACCCUUCAAGAAUGCUGCCCACCUAGCUGAGGGUCUCUAGGGAAAGACAACCAAACCUCUUUCUCGCUUCUGCUUCAGGCCAAAGAGGCAGGAGCUGCAGUGGGAAGUGGUGGGGCCAGGAGGGAGGAGCACCCGGGGCACAGGUAGCCAGGCCCCUGGGGAGGCUGGUGGUCCUGAAGCCUUCCUGGCUCCCUUUGCUCAUCUUCUACACCUGCCUCAGGAGCAGGUGGCCCAGCCCUGGCAUUCCUGCUGCCCUGCCUCUGGUCUGUCCCUGUGUACCCUCUGAAGUCACCCUUCCUUGGUACCUAUGUGGGGCGAAAAUAGCAAAUAAAAACCAGAGGACUGA